CGGAGCGAGCGCGGCCCCGCCAGCCCGGCCCGCCCUAGGAAGCGCAGCGCCUUAGCGCCCUGCCCGCCGCCGCCAUGCAUUGUGGGGCGGCAGCAGCAGAGCCAAGAUGGCGGCCAGCAGGAGGCUGAUGAAGGAGCUCGAAGAAAUCCGCAAGUGUGGAAUGAAAAACUUCCGUAAUAUCCAGGUUGAUGAAGCUAAUUUAUUGACCUGGCAAGGGCUUAUUGUUCCUGACAAUCCUCCAUAUGAUAAAGGAGCCUUCAGAAUCGAAAUCAACUUCCCAGCAGAAUAUCCAUUCAAACCUCCUAAGAUUACAUUUAAAACAAAGAUCUAUCACCCUAACAUCGAUGAAAAGGGGCAGGUUUGUCUGCCAGUAAUUAGUGCUGAAAACUGGAAGCCAGCAACCAAAACUGACCAAGUAAUCCAGUCCCUCAUAGCGCUGGUGAAUGAUCCACAGCCCGAGCAUCCCCUCCGGGCUGACCUAGCUGAAGAAUACUCUAAGGACCGUAAAAAAUUCUGUAAGAACGCUGAAGAGUUUACAAAGAAAUAUGGUGAAAAGCGACCAGUGGACUAAAAUCUGACACAAUUGAUGUCAGCAACGUAUGCUAGAAGAUCGGAGCAGUGCAUUUGAGACACCCCGUAAAGCAGGACUCUCUGGAAAAUUGACAAGUGCCACCUUUCGGUGUUAACUUGUGGCUGUUACUAACUUUCUACAGUUUUCUUAAUCAAAAGUGGGCUAGGUAACCUGCAAAGAAAGGAUUAAAAUUUAAGAUGUUCUAGUUCUGCUUUCUUUGUUUAAAAAUCACUGCUUCAAUAUACUUUAAAGUAUGCUGUUUUCUUUUUCUCGUCAGAAUUUAUCAGAAAUAUCUUAGACUUAUAUUCUGCCCUUAAAUUGAAAAGGUUGUGGCUGUCAUUUCUUAUUUUUCCUUGCAGUUCCCACUAUCUUAAGUUCAUUUAAUUCUUCAUUGAAUUUUAUCCCCCUCCCCAAACCGAUGUCUUAGAAACAAUAUCCCAGUUCUGGCAGGAAAUGAUUGAGUGUUUGGCAGUUUUGUUUUCUUUUUAAAUGUUGCACUGUGCUUUGUGGGACUUGUUGCAAGUUCCCCUUAACUUCAGUUUGUAACAUAAUUAAAAACAAACCCCACAAAAACAAUCAGAAAUAAUGUCCAGGUCUUAUGUAAAUCUGGCUGAUGUUACCACAAAAUGUUUAUUAAACGGGGAAACCCAAGUUUUUGUCUGCGUCAUUGAAUUAAAAUAUGGCUUAUGUCCUUUUGGAAAAAAAAAUCUGUAGCAAAUGAGUAUUGGAAUGUGAUGACAAACUUCUUUCACUUCUACUCCUAAUAAGCUAUGCAGAGCAGCUCGGGAAACGUGCACAGAACAACAUUGCAGCAGGUCAGAAGAGUUGCGGAGAUUGGGGACCAGGAGGUACCAAAGUGAUAAACUGUUUUUUGAGUUAAAAAUCGGUAUUUUGGAAAUGCUAACUCUGAAUUCAAGUACUAAAUCUGACAGCGCUGCAAGUCAUCUUAGAACCUUUUUUCAUCAGAAUGCACGUGAAGCAUCUGUGGUUUAUGGGAUGGCGCUCGUGCCCUUUCCCAGCCCAGCUGCUGUACAGUUCUCACUGCAAAUGGUAUGAGAACGGGAUUAAGCAAUAACCUGUAAUGAGGACACUUCGCUGCUACUGUUCCUGUGUUUUAAAACUGCACAGGUUAGAUGAUUUAAUGAGCACUGCAAGUAUCAUUCUAUCACUCUAACUUGAUGAGGCAGAGCUGUUUUCCCGUUGCAUGUGCUGCAGAGCCCUUUCUGUUCAGAACCGAGCAGCCGUUACUGUGUCUGUGUUGCUUUUCUCCUGCCUGUCUUUUUCCCCAGUCUAAAGCGUGACCGUAGCUCCGCACUUAAACUGCCACACAGUCAAACUGCCGACUCUUCCCGCCCGUCAGGCCUGGGUAUGUCACUGAGUAAAUGGAUUUAUCUCCAGAAAUCCGUAGGUGUCUGGGAGCACAUAUCGUUUUGAUGUGUGGGGAGUUACACAAUCCCUCACACCCAGCUGGUUGUCUGUACUCCUGAGUUCGAUUCUAAUGCAGCCUCUGCCUUUGCAACCUUUCAGAGCUAGUGUGUCAAGCGGUAGGUCUCUUUUGGUUCUAAUGUCUUGUAUAUUUGCUAUUUCUUCUUUCAUCCCUCUCAUCCGGCUUUCAUCUCCGACUUAGUGUACACAAUGACAGCCCAGUACCUCACCUCUGUUGAAAGUAAAUUUUUUAUAAGUUAGGGAGCUAAGAAAUUUUAUGUUUAAGUGUUCUUAGACAGAUUCUUUGGCAGGUAAAUAACGUUAAACCACAUUCACCUUAUUUACGGAAACUUGCAUUUCCUAAGUGUUUUCAGGCUUGUGAGAGCACUGUCAAUUACCAAAUUUUCACAUCUUUGUGUCUUCAUUUGCAGAAAGUUGGUACUGAUUUUGUUUCAUUCACGCUCACUCGGAUUCAUAAUAAAGUAAUGCCAAAUUACCUGUCAAA